UCUUCAUUGAGAAGUGUAUCAACUGGAUCUUCAAGACCUUCCAAAGUGUGUUUGGUGUGCGGAGAUGAGGCAUCUGGAUGUCAUUAUGGGGUGGUUACAUGUGGUAGCUGUAAAGUUUUCUUCAAGAGAGCAGUAGAAGGACAGCACAAUUACCUGUGUGCGGGAAGGAAUGACUGCAUAAUUGAUAAGAUUCGGAGGAAGAACUGCCCAGCCUGUCGAUUACAGAAAUGUCUCCAAGCUGGAAUGAAUUUAGGAGCCCGCAAGUCCAAAAAAUUGGGGAAAUUGAAAGGGAUGCAUGAGGAGCAGCCCCAGCAGCGGCAGACCCCGAGCCCUGAGGAAGGGACGACGUACAUCGCGCCCGUGACCGAGCCCUCCGUAAACACAGCACUUGUCCCCCACAUGUCUGCUAUCUCACCAGCACUUACUCCCUCUCCUGUCAAGAUCCUUGAAAGCAUUGAACCGGAGAUCGUGUACGCAGGAUACGACAGUUCGAAGCCAGACACAGCGGAGUACCUGCUUUCCACCUUAAACCGCCUGGCUGGCAAGCAGAUGAUUCAAGUGGUGAAGUGGGCAAAGAUACUUCCAGGAUUUAGAAACUUGCCUCUCGAGGACCAAAUUACUUUAAUUCAGUAUUCAUGGAUGUGUCUGUCAUCGUUUGCCUUGAGUUGGAGAUCGUACAAACAUACAAACAGCCAGUUCCUCUAUUUUGCUCCAGACCUGAUCUUCGAUGAGGAACGGAUGCGCCAGUCUGCCAUGUUUGAACUGUGCCAGGGGAUGCACCAGAUCAGUCUGCAGUUUGUUCGCUUGCAGCUUAGCUUUGAGGAGUACACUAUCAUGAAAGUUUUGCUGCUGUUGAGCACAGUUCCCAAGGAUGGUCUCAAAAGCCAAGCUGCAUUUGAAGAAAUGAGGGCAAAUUACAUUAAAGAACUAAAGAAGAUGGUAACUAAAUGUCCAAGUAACUCUGGGCAAAGCUGGCAGAGAUUCUACCAACUGACUAAACUUCUUGACUCCAUGCAUGAUCUUGUUAGUGACUUAUUGGAAUUCUGUUUCUACACCUUCCGAGAGUCUCAGGCACUGAAAGUAGAGUUUCCAGCCAUGCUGGUGGAAAUCAUCAGUGACCAGCUACCAAAGGUGGAAUCUGGGAAUGCCAAGCCCCUGUACUUUCACAGGAAGUGAUAGAAAAUGUCUUAAAUGGAAGAACUUUGCCUUAAGUUUCCCUGUGUUAUUCCACACCCAUGAAGGACCCAAGAAACCAUAUUUUAAACAUGCUAUUUACACUUGUUCAGCAGUCUCUGAAUAGUCUAAAAUCAUAUGAAGGGUUUGGGGAAUGGAAAGCAGUUGGCUGGGAUUUGGCAAGACCUAGAUGUUGGGAAAUUACCCCGUAACCCUAAAACACUUAGAAAAUGUUCCUGUUCCUCUGGAUGAAAAGCCAUAUCUAGUCAAUAACUCUUUGAUUUUGAUAUUUUAACAGAUGGAGUUUUAAAUAUGCCAUGUAGUUUCUGGUAUUGUUUGCUUGUUUUAAAAGGGUUCGAGAACUAAUGAGAACUUUUUAAAGCUUACCCUUGGUUUGCACAUAAAACGUAAAGUCAAUAUGGGGCAUUAAUAUUCUUUUCUUGUAAAAAAAAAACCACAAAAAAACAAAACAAAAAAAAAACCAACCAAACAAAAACUAUAUAUAUAUACACACAUAUAUACACACACACACACAAACCCUAACGUGUAAAGUAAUAACAGAACAUUUGGUGUGGAAUACUCUGUUAUCCCCACCUGUGGCAUUUGUUAUCCCAUGUUAUCCUGUCAUAGAUGCUAUACACUGUGUUAAGUGUCCAUUUACUAUUUAAUUCAAAAGGAUAAGAUGUGAAAACAAAUGCCCUGGUAUCAAUUUAUAGUAUCUAUUGUGCUGGCUUUACAAAUAAUUUUUUGCAGUCUUUUGCUGUACUGUACAUUGCUGUAUGUAUAAAUUGUGAAGGACCUGAAAUAAGGUGUAAGGAACUUUUGUAAAUGAGACAAAAAAAAAAAUCUUUAAUGGUUAAUAGGAUGAACGGGAAAGUAUUUUUGAAAGAACUCUAUUUUGCUGGAGACUAUUUAAGUACUAUCUUUGUCUAAACAAACAAGGUAAUUUUUUUGUAAAGUGAAAUGUUCUGCAUGCGUAAUGAACCGUUUACAGUGUAUUUAAGAAAGGGAAAGCUGUGCCUUUUUUAGCAUCAUAUCUAAUUUACCAUCCUACAGUAUCUGUUGUAAAUAACCACACUUAACCUUUUCAGUUGUAUUUAAGCCUUUCUCUUCUCCUCUCCUCUAUAUUUUCCUCCCUCUUGUCUCGCUUGCAAGCGUAUGUGACUAGAGCACACCUUAGAAAUCCUGCUUCCUGUUUCUGUAGGAAACUACACGAUGUUGCGUUUGCCACUUCACGAAGGUUUCAUUUAACAAGACAAAUCACGGUCUCUCCAAAGCUUUUGCCAGCUUAACGAUAACAGCGAGUUCUUGCCCUCUGUUCCCUUUCUCUCUCAGGGGAACAGGGGCCAAUAAGAUGUUGAGUGAUUUUUCUUUUUUCGUUAAGGUCUCCCAGAUUGUUUGUUUUUCCUUUGAAUACUGGAUACGUAAAACAUCUUAAAAGCUCAGAUUAUUAUUUCAGAUGGGGGAGAGCGAUUUCUGAUUAUGAUGAAGGGAGGAACAUGCAGAUCAUUACAGUAAGUAUAUUGAACAGAUUUGUACUGGUGAGAGGGGUGGUCAGGUACUGGUGAGGGCAGAUUAGCUGAGAAGAAUUUUCAGUGAUAAACUAAAACCGUAUGUAAUUUUGUAAGCAUUUUUUAAUAAUCAGAAUACAUCUGAGAAGAGAAAUGUUCACACUACAAGUUCAACUCAGUUGGUCUGAUUUUGUCUCAAAAAUGUUUUCUCUAGAAUAAGACUGCAAAGAAAUUUUUGAGGUGAUUUUUUUGCUAUUUCACAAUUUAUAAGCAAAAACAAAAUUUUGGAGUAGAAUAGAGGACAGGUGAACUUUUCUGGGGCUCAACUGUUGCUACCAUAUGCUCACAUUUCAAUAGAAUAGUUUUUCAGAGUCCUGAUUGAUCUAUAGUGUUCUCUCUGGGUGCCACUGGCGUUUUGAGCUCUAGUUUGUCCCUUGGCCGGUCAGAAUGUAGCAUUUCUUCUCAACGGUGGUUGAAUUCAGCAUUCUACGCCCUUUCGGAGUCCAGAUUUUGAGGUGCGCUUUGGUGCACUGAAGCCAGUCAGUGCUACUUGUCUUUUUAAAUGACACCUGCCUUAUGCAAUGGGUAAUCUGUAACGACUGUAUUCAGAGAGGUGUUUUAUAUAUAAAUAUAUACAUACAUGUAUUAUUUGCAUUUUGGAAGUCUAAUUCAUAGGCAGAUCUUUAAAUACUGACCUGCACAGCAAUAUGAAAGCCAAACUUCCAACAUGAGAUACACAGCAUGCAGACUGGUUGUUUACAGUAAAGACACAGUCAUACAUCCAUCUUUUCAUUUACUUUUUUUUUUUAAAGUCUAAAAUAGAAAAUUUCCAAGCCAGGUUCUGGGUGAAUACAGUCUGCAGCAGCUUUUUAUAUUAACAAAGUUACUGCCUCCUUUUCUGUCUCAGAGUAACUUUGCUUGAUUAAAAUAGCAAAGCCAUAUUCUACACUUCACUGUUAAAUGCCUGUCCCAGUCCAAAUUGUUGUCUGUUUGCUCCUACUUUUGUACCUUAUUACUUUUAAUCUUGGUUUGGUACAAUUCAUAGUUCACAGAAACUUCAUAUAAUUAAACACACUAAAUUAGUUUUAAAAAGCAAUUUAUAUCUUUAUGCAAAAACGUAUGUCUGUCUUUGCAAACGACUGUAAGCAGAUUAUAAUAAAUCCUUUACUUUAAUCACCUGUUGUUUAUGAAACCAUUCAUUGAUGAUGAUUUUUUCGCUAGAGAUCAUCGAGGUAAUAGAUACAAUUGGAUAUAGAUGUUGUAAGGGGCAGUAUUCUCUUACCAAGGACACUUAAGCAGAAUAGCCAUCACUUUUUUUUACCUAAACCUGUGUACAGCAGAAAAAAUAAAACAACCAGCAACCCUAGUUUUUAGCUACUGGGAAGCGACGUUCUUUUGAAUUUGUUUAGAAUGAAAUAGGCAUUUGUCUCCUGCAAAAUACAAGACAAACUAAAACACCUUUUAGAAGUACAUCAUUUUGUUGUAAGAAGGAACGGGGAUAUACAGCAAGAGCAUUGUAUACACAGUUAAAAAUGUAAAAUAGUGUUCAUGUACUGCAGUGGGUAUUUCAGGAAUACUACACGUGGUGCGACCGCACAGUUGUGCAGCAUAAAAUAGAAAAGACUAAAGUCUGCAAUAUCAAAAUCUUAUUAAAAAGAGACUUUACAAUCAAUAAUGCAAGAAGCUAAUUCACAGGGUGGUGUUUUUCACUGACUUGUUUAAACAUUUAUGAAAUUAAACAAUUCUACAGUUAAUGCACUUUUAAUUGUUUAUUAAAGAUUUGACUUUUUCUUUUUUUAGAGCAAUGUUUUCAGCUGGAGGUCAAUGACUUGAUAAGAUAGACAGCAGUUCUGAGGCCAGGAAGCUCAGAGGAAUGUUUAAGAAUUCUUGGAGUUUAAAUAGAUUCCUGGAUGAAAAAUAAAAGCAGCCAGCAGUAUGGUGUAAACAGUAAAAUCUAUGCAUAAUGAUGCAUUUAUAAUUAGGGGUUUGCUUCUGUAUGUUUAAAGCUUUUUAAAUAAAUAGAAAAUAUUGUUUGGUCUUUAUGUUAAUGUCUGCAAGUACCUAUUUUUUCUUUUUUUAUACAAAUUGUACAAAUAUACAUGAAUUAAACUGGUUUGAUUGCAA